CUGGGACGGAGUCUGUAGAAAAAUUUAGGGGAACACGGCUGAGUGUGAAGCUAAAAUUCCCAUGUCUUUAGCUUGAUUCCCUCCUCUCUCCUUUCUCCUUCCUUCCCUCGUCAACCUCAUCUAUUGAACUCGAUUUGAGUGGGGAGUCACCGUAUGCGGUGAUAUCCAUUUCUCUCUACUACAAGGACCAUCCCACUUCCUGCGCAUUUCGCAGCGAAGCCAGUAAUUGUCAAUAUGGCGUCCGUUUCGACUGCGGGUGAAGCAGUGGCGAGAGUCGCCUACCUGUCCAGCGAUGUUGUUCUCUCCGUUCAACCAUCGCUGCAGGCUGAUUCUUGGUUCUCCAAGACCCUCAAGACCCUAAAGGCAAACAAUGCUCGCAGCGUCCUGCCAAGAGGUGUCACUGACGUGGUGGCCGUUCGUUACAAUGAAGAUCCCCUCCUUUCCGCUUUCCAUCCCCUGCAGGCAGGCAAUGCGGUGUCUGUUGUCACCACCUCCUCCACUUUGCUCUCCUCUAUUCCCCACCUUUACCGCUUGGCGAACAGUCCCGUCGUCAUCCACGUCGCUUUGGAGCCCUACCCAUUCCCAGACUAUUCCGUGAUCAGCUCUAUCCGGCAAUGCGGAUUCACUUUCCUGCAUUCCGAGACGGUCCAGGAGGCCCAGGAUAUUGCCAUCACCGCCCAUGCCUUGGCCCGCAAGUCCGGAAAGGGUGUCAUCCAUUUCUUCGACCCCGCCAACUCCGCUCGCGACGAUGCUAUUGCCGAGGAAGAUGCCGAGGUCCUCCGGUCCCUUCUCAAUCUGGGCGGAAGCGCUGUCACACAUACUUCUGGCCUGGGUGUCCAAACGCUGUACACUGAUUCUGGCCGGGUUGCCACGGUGUCUGAGGAUGCCGUUGAGAGCGCCACCAGCCAGGCCGAGGGCACUUCCACCCCUGUCCGGGCGACACAGACCCCCUCGAGCCUUAGUGUCGACAAUUCUUCCGUUGGCUCCUCGCGCAGGGACAGCAGCGUCGAUAGCCGCGCCACUAGCUCGGCUGCCACAACCAUUGAUGCUUCGUCGACACGGCCAGUCAGUGCCGCAGAUAUCUUUGAAUGGACUGCUCAGAUCUGGAAGGGGCUUUCGGACGCAGUCGGGCGCAACUACCGUGCCAUCGAGUACACUGGCCCCUCUGAUGCCAAGUCCGCGAUCUUUGUCUUCGGCUCGACCGGCGUGUUCGUGGAUGUCCUGGGCAAGGAGGAGGCUACCGGUGAGCUUGGAAAUGUCGGCUUGAUCACUGCACGCUUGUACCGUCCCUGGGUCGGAGGCCAGCUUGUCAACUCUAUUCCCAGCUCGGUUGAGAAGAUUGCCGUGCUGGAGCAGGUCCGCAAGACCACGAAGUGGGGUCCGGCGUUCAUGGAUCUCCUUUCGAGCCUUUCACCGUCGGCCACUGGCCGGCCCACCCCCCAGAUUGUGGGCUACAGACUGGGCUACGUCGAGCCCUCUACCGCCGUUCAGGCUCUCCGUGGCAUUGUGCAGAACCUGAGCUCUUCUUCGCCCAUCCAGAACCUCGAAAUCGGAAGCUCGAAGGUUCCGUCCAUUGAGCCUGCUCUUGAGCAGCCCCACGUUGAGAAUGCCUACCUCAAGAUCCUCAACCAGCUUUUUGGCGAGCGUCUGCACAUUGCCAACCAGCUGGGUUCGAAGAACGCGGGAAUUUCUUCUACUAUUGCUGCCAGCCCCGAAUACGGAUUUGGUGCGCUGACGGCCAGACUGGAACACCGUCAACGCUUUAUCCGGGAAGUGGAAGAAGCGUCGAAGGCUACUACCUUCGCCACUGAUGUUCCCAGGUCAUGGCUCUCCAAGUGGGCUCUUAGUGCUAGUGACGCCUCCAAGGCCAACAAGUUGGCCCCUGAUGUCAUUGCUCGCCUCUCCAACGAUGGCUCCAAGCUUGCUAGACAGCUCCUGGAAUCCAAGAAGCUGUUCUACGAUGAGUCCCUGUGGCUCAUCGGCUCUGAUGCCUGGGCCUACGAUCUCGGAAACUCCGGUGUUCACCAUGUUCUCGCAUCUGGAGCUAAUGUCAACAUGCUCGUCAUCGAUUCGCAGCCUUACUCGGAACGCACCGCUACCGACCCCACUCGCAGAAAGAAGGACAUUGGAUUGUAUGCCAUGAACUACGGUAACGCAUAUGUUGCCUCCGUUGCCGUUUACGGCUCCUACACUCAGGUCCUCCAGGCUAUGGCUGAAGCUGAGCAGUUCAAGGGCCCCUCCGUUGUGGUUGCUUAUCUGCCUUAUAACCAGGAGAACGACUCUGCCUUGACUGUGCUCCAGGAAACCAAGAAGGCCGUUGACCUUGGUUACUGGCCCUUGUACCGCUGGAACCCUGGCAACGACGAGAACGGCGAGCCCAAGUUCUCUCUGGACUCCGACCGGAUCAGGCGUGAGCUUGAGGAAUUCCUCCGCCGGGAUAACCAGCUCACCCAGCUCAUGAACCGUCACCCCAAGUUUUCGGCUGCCCUCUCCGAGUCCUAUGGCACUGAGGUCCGUUCUCUGCAGAAGCGCAAGGCCAAGGACUCCUACGAGAAGCUUCUUGAGGGUCUCUUUGGUGCCCCCCUGACCAUUCUCUUCGCCUCUGACAACGGCAAUGCGGCGACCCUGGCGAAGCGUCUUGGAAACCGCGGUCGUGCUAGAGGCUUGAAGACCAUGGUUAUGGCCAUGGAUGACUACCCUCUCGACGAUCUCGCCACCGAAGAGAACGUGGUCUUCAUCUCCAGCACUGCGGGUCAAGGAGAGUUCCCUCAGAACGGUCGUGGCCUUUGGGAGUUUGUGAAGAACACCGGUGACUUGGAUCUGUCGUCCAUCAAUUACUCUAUCUUCGGUCUUGGUGAUAGCCACUACUGGCCUCGCAAGGAAGACAGAAUCUACUACAACAAGCCUGCCAAGGAUCUUGAUGCUCGUAUCGCCUUCCUUGGUGGACGUAAGCUGACAGAUAUUGGUCUCGGUGAUGACCAAGAUCCCGAUGCCUACCAAACUGGUUACUCCGAGUGGGAGCCUCGUCUCUGGCAGGCUCUGGGUGUGGACAAGGUUGAAGGCCUUCCGGAAGAGCCUACUCCAUUGACCAACGAGGAUAUCAAGAUCCAAUCCAACUACCUGCGUGGUACCAUCGCCGAGGGGCUGCUGGAUGAAAGCACCGGCGCUAUCUCGGCCAGUGAUCAGCAAUUGACCAAGUUCCACGGCACCUACAUGCAGGAUGAUCGUGAUGUCCGAGACGAGCGCAAGGCCCAGGGUCUUGAGCCUGCUUACAGCUUCAUGAUCCGUUGUCGACUUCCGGGUGGUGUCGCUACCCCGCUUCAAUGGCUUCAGAUGGAUGCUAUCAGCAGCUCGCAUGGUAAUGAAACCAUGAAAUUGACGACGAGACAGACCUUCCAGUUCCAUGGUGUCAUUAAGCGCAAUCUUCGUGGCGCAAUGCGCGCUAUCAACAAGUCGCUGAUGACCACCAUCGCAGCUUGUGGUGAUGUCAACCGCAACGUCAUGUGCAGUUCCCUCCCUGAGCUUUCCUACUUCCACCGCGAAACCCACGCCGUCGCCCAGAAGAUCAGCGACCACUUGCUUCCCUCCACUACGGCCUACCAUGAGAUCUGGCUGAAGGAUGAUGACGACAAGAAGGUCCAGGUUGCCGGUGACGCCGUUGUUGACCAUGAGCCGCUGUACGGUCCCACCUAUCUUCCUCGGAAAUUCAAGAUCACCAUCGCCAUCCCCCCUCACAACGACACUGAUGUCUACGCUCACGAUAUCGGUCUGAUCGCCAUCAAGGGCGCCGAUGGACACUUGGAGGGUUUCAACAUCACUGCCGGUGGUGGUAUGGGUGCUACCCACAACAACAAGAAGACCUAUCCUCAAACCGGACGUAUGUUCGGUUACGUGCCUGCUGAUCAGGCUCACAUUGUCUGUGAGAAGAUUAUGCUGGUUCAGCGUGAUCACGGUGACCGCAAGAACCGCAAGCACGCUCGUCUCAAGUACACCAUCGACGACAUGGGUGUGGCUGCCUACAAGGAGAAGGUCGAAGCCCUUCUUCCCGAGGGCUUGCGCUUCGCUGAACCUCGCCCCUUCAAGUUCGUUUCGAACGUCGAUACCUUCGGCUGGCUGAAGGACGAGAAGGGCCUUAACCACUUCACCUUCUUCAUCGAGAACGGACGUAUUGAGGAUACCGCUGACUUCAAGAUGCGUACUGGUCUGCGUGAGCUUGCUAAGCUCGACAAGGGCGAGUUCCGCCUCACCGGUAACCAGCAUCUGAUCCUUUCCAACAUUGAGGAUGCAGACCUUCCUGCCAUUAAGGAGCUGAUGGCUCAGUACAAGCUUGACAACACCUCCUUCAGCGGCAUGCGUCUGUCUUCGUCUGCCUGUGUUGCCUUCCCCACCUGUGGUCUUGCUAUGGCCGAGUCCGAGCGCUACCUGCCGGUCCUCAUCUCCAAGCUGGAGUCCACCCUCGAGGAAGUGGGCCUGGCUAGCGAUAGUAUCGUCAUGCGUAUGACUGGUUGCCCCAACGGUUGUGCCAGACCUUGGCUUGCCGAGGUUGCCUUCGUUGGUAAGGCGUAUGGUGCUUACAACAUGUAUCUCGGUGGUGGUUACCACGGACAGCGUUUGAACAAGCUGUACCGCUCUUCCAUCAAGGAAGACGAGAUCCUUGAGAUCAUGAAGGAUCUUCUCCGCCGGUACUCCAAGGAACGGAACACUGACGGUGAGGUUCCUGAGAGGUUCGGAGAUUGGUGUAUCCGUGCGGGCGUCAUCAAGGCGACGACCGAUGGACAGAACUUCCACGACGGAGUUGCUGAAGAUGACGAAGAAGAGUAGACGUUGGAUAUAUCCGGAAAAGUGGCUGUAGGACUCGGCAUUUUGUGAUAUUGUUAUAUAUCUUCAAGAACGCUUAUGAUUUUUACGACGAUACAGCUGUUCUGUACAUACUGUUGAUGACCAAACAUUGUCGCAUCUACAUUUUAUAGCUGGAGUAUUAAUUGUAAAAUGUACAUCUUCAC